AUAAAUAUUUAAGAAGUCGAAGCUAAGUCUGAGAACGGAACAGAUCCAACUCGCUGUAUUGCUUAUUUACUAGUACCAGGCGCUACUGCAGACUAGUAGUACUUUGAUUACUUGUACUACUCGACUCAAAAGUAACUUUCUUGCAGCCACAUAAGUUGUAAAAGUUUUAAGUAGUACUAUAAAUCAUUUGGGCUAUUUGGCAUUUAACGGUGUGUGAAACUCGAGAAAAGAAGAACGAGGGAAGGUUUUGAAAAAAUUGAGGCGUCCUGGAAAUUGAAGAGAAAUUUAGUUAUCUCGAACAGCUACUCUACAUUUUCAUUCAGUAUCGUAAUUAUUGUGCUAUGGAAGAUAUUUUUCAAUGGUGUAGGGAAGGCAAUGGCUUUCAAGUCCGUGUUUGGCUGGAUGAUACUGAGCAUGAUAUGAACCAAGGUGAUGACCAUGGAUUCAGUCCUCUACACUGGGCUUCUAAAGAGGGUAGAGCAAACAUUGUUGAAAUGCUCAUGUUUCGGGGUGCAAGGAUCAAUGCCACCAACAUGGGAGAUGAUACUGCCUUACAUCUUGCUGCUGCUCAUGGUCACAGAGAUAUUGUACAUAUGCUGCUUCGAAAAAAGGCAGAUAUUAAUGCUGUAAAUGAGCAUGGUAACACAGCUCUUCAUUAUGCAUGCUUUUGGGGUUAUCAAGCUAUUGCUGAGGACCUUGUGAACAAUGGUGCACUAGUAUCAGUUUGUAAUAAAUAUGGUGAGACCCCUCUAGAUAAAUGCAAGGGACAGAUGGCUCAGAAACUCCAUGAACUUGCAGCACAAACUGGCCAAGAUUUUAAGAAAAUCAAGUUCAAAGAACAAAAUUGGCUAGGAACAAAGACAAGAAGCCGGGAUGCUACUUUAUCUCGACAUUCAGGAAUUGGAAUAAAUGAAUUGAAUCUUCAAGUAAAACUAGCCAGCACACCGUCUGGUGAGACUUGGAGAGGAACUUGGCAAGGCAAUGAUAUAGUAGCCAAAAUUCUAAGAGUCCGAGAAGUCACACCACGUAUUCCUCGAGAUUUCAAUGAUGAGUACCCUCGGUUGCGAAUCUUUUCUCAUCCAAAUGUAUUGCCAGUUGUUGGUUGUUGCUGUACUCCUCCAAAUCUGAUUGUUAUUAAUCAGUACAUGCCAUACAGAUCACUGUAUGCAGUUUUACAUGAAGGAACAGGGAUUGUAGUAGAUACAUCUCAGGCACUGAAGUUUGCAAUUGAUAUUGCUCGUGGAAUGGCAUUCCUUCACUCCCUUGACCCAAUGAUUCCACGAUUUUAUUUGAAUAGCAGGCAUGUUAUGAUUGACGAUGAUCUGACAGCACGUAUUAACAUGGCUGAUGCAAAGUUCUCUUUCCAAGAAAAAGGAAAAAUGUAUAGUCCAGCAUGGAUGGCUCCAGAAGCUCUUCAGAAGAAACAAGAAGAUAUUAACGUGAAAGCUGCUGACAUGUGGAGUUAUGCUAUCUUACUGUGGGAGAUGUUUACUCGAGAGGUACCAUUUUCUGACCAGUCUCCUAUGGAAAUAGGAAUGAAGGUUGCUCUAGAAGGAUUGCGGAUUAGUAUACCACCAGGCAUUUCUCAACACAUGGCUCGCUUGAUACGUAUUUGUAUGAAUGAAGACCCUGGAAAACGUCCAACCUUUGAUAUGGUGCUUCCAAUUUUAGAGAAGAUGAAGCAGUAAAAAGAUGUGUGUAACUGAAACUUUAGUGCAGCUACAACAAAACUUCGAAAUUUUUGUCACUUCCAUUUAAUAACAAAAAUAAUCCUUUCAUUAAAUUAUAUUUUCUACAAACCAUAAUAUACUCUUGAUGUAUCUUUGGCUUCAAAUUGACAAGAUUAUUAUUUACACUUUAUAUUUUAACCAUGAUUUGUCUUUGUAUGGUAUGGCUUUCUAGUUUAGAUUAAUUUGUCAUUGAGUGUUAAGAACGAAUUUAGUAAAUUUCAGAGGAAGCAUGAUUUUUACCUGUAACUCAACUCUUUAGAAAGAUUACAAGGGUGUAAGGUGAAAGUGUUAAUUUCGAAUCACUUAAGUUUGAAUUUAUAAAAACUGAUACACUGGCUUUAAAAGCUAAUGUUGUACAAUCGAGCUUAUUAACAAGUUGUUUACAUUUAAGGUUGUUUCUGUUUAAAAAAACAUAAUAAAUUUUAUUGUAUCUUAUCAUAACCUUAACAACUGUCAUUUAAAAAAGAAAGGGAGGGAGGAUUGGGUAUUGGUGUACGUGUUUAACAAAUUAGUACAGAUAUAUUUGUUACGUAUAUUAAUUUUUCAUUACUGAAAAACUGACCAGACACUAUACUGUUUUUUUCCAGAAAGAAAAGUUAUCUAUAAGAAAAAUUUAGUUUUCAGUCCAGUUAAUGAAUUUUUAUUUUCUAGGGUACUUUAGUGCAAUAGAUUUACUUAACCCUAAGAUUUAUGGGUAACAACUAUACAUAAAUGGAAUGUACUGGCUGGGUCCAAGAGACCCCUCCUAUGCAU